AUGGACUAAGCUUACAAAAAAUCUUAGCUAGUCAAGGGUAUUCAAAGAGUUGCUAAUGAGGAGAGAGACACUGAUUAGUAUAUUACAAGCAGAAGGAACAGUCAAGCUUAAUCUCAAAAGUAUUUGAAUUUUCAUAAUAAUACAACUACCCGCAAAAGAAAUCAAGAAGAUGAGAGAGGCGGUGGUGUUGUCAAAAGUAAAAAACUAUUUAAACAGGAAAUCAGGAAAAGCUAUUAGAGCAUUGAUGAAGAGAGCGAGCACUAAGUGGUAAUAUACACUAGAUUUUUACAUGUUUAAUUAGGCCAGAAAAUUAUUCACAUUAAAUCAGAGGAUCCUAUAGGAUCAAUUAUAAGUUCUAAUAUAAGAGCUGACAUUCAGAGGCAAGGUUAGAGACCUAAGCAAAAGCGAUCUUCUAAGAACAAUCAUCAAAAUAGUAGUGGAGAAAUAACCAGAAAAUACUAGAACUCUAAAUCCAAUAAAUAGGUAGGCGGCACUUUUAAAUAAGCUAAACUAUCUAAUUAAGAAGAUUACUCAUCUAAAAAUGAUGGAAAAAAUAACUUAAACUCUAAUUAUCCUGAAACAAAACUAUUUAGUCCAUUAGUAAAAGCAAGCUAGCAAAUAGUUAUGAUAAAAUCAGAAUUCAAGGAAAAACCGAUCCGUUCAAAAGAGCAUUUGAGAUUUGAUUAUCCAUUAUCUAGAGAUGAUACUCCAAAUUAAAGAAUAAACAAUAGUCAUAAUAACAUUAAGAGACUCUAGAUAAAUUAGGUGAUUUCACCUUCAAGUGUUAUCGAAAAAUAUUAACCACCUUAAUCUGCUAGAGAGGGUUUAAUGUCUAAGCAUCAGUAAAGGCCUUCAAAAGAAUUUCCUAUAAAAGACACUGCUGAGGAAUUCAGUUAGACAAGGAAGACAAAUAGAAAUUGUGACCUGGAAGAGACCUAAAAUCUAACAAGCAGUAAAAAGAUUUUUUCAAUGAUCGUUAAUGAAAAACUUUUAAAUAGUACAAAUUAAAAUGCCAAAAAAGAGGAAAUAUCUAGAAUAUCAUCGAUGCCAUUUGGGAAGUAAAUAAGCUCAAGAUUUGGAUCAUUGUUUAAGUUGCAGAAGAAAAAUUUAUUGGAUGAGGAAGUAUUGGCAUUGGAUGAAAAUAAUCUUAAUAAUAGUGGGAAUUCCUUAAAGAAGAAAUAUUAAAAGAGUAAAGAGAGUUCAUUUGAUAUCUAGAGUGAGCAUGAAAGUGAUCACGAGCUCUUCUCUUAGAAGUAAUAAGAUAGUAAAGAAUAUUUACGCGCUAAAUCUAGGCAAAAAGCUUCAAGAGGUUCAUCUCCAAAAAGAGAAGCAAGUUUACACAGACCAUAAAAGUAAGAAGAUUUUAGGAAAUCAGGGUUUAAAAUCAAACCUUAGAUUUAAUAUGAUGUACAAAGAUAAAGAAUGAAAUCUUAGAGAUCAAAAUCUCCAAUUGAUGAUACACUAUAUUAAAAGAGAAAGCAUAUAAUGUCUUAUGAUGAAAAUUCACUUGAGCGAGAAUUAAUCGAAAAACUCAAUGAAGAAAGUGAGAUUACAGUUGAUCCUCAAUAAUAAAAGCAUAGGGGAAAAUCGCAACUAAAGCAAAGAGGGCAAUCAAAUUUAAGACAAAGUCAACGAAAAUCUAGAACCCAGCAUCGUAAAAAAAAUUAAAGCAGAAUGAAACAAAAAUCUUACGAUAGUGAAGAUCCAAGCAACAGUUCCAGAGAUAGUAGUUCAGAUGAUGAUUUUUCUGAAUCUAGUGACUACAAUAACAGAAGAUCUACAUUUCAACCUGAAGAUUUAAGAAGAAGGAGUCAAUAAAAGAGGAAUAAAAGCUCUAGAUAAAAGAAACGUUAAAGUCUUAAAAAAUAAUAGAAGGGGGGAUCUAAAACUAAUCAAAUGCCGUUAUAAAUGCCAUAAGUAAAUAUGAUGAUUCCACCCUAAUUCAAUAUGUUUGGAUUCCAAAUGCCUAUGAUGCCCUCUUCAACUCAGCUGAUGAAUUUUCCCAAUAUGAUGUAAUAUCCUGGCUCACAGAUUCCAUACAUGAUGCAGCAGUAAUAGUAAUAAUAAUAGCAGUAAUAGUAUUAUAACAUGCUCUAUGGAUAAAUCCAAUAAUAGAUGCAAUAAAACUUUUUCCAAUAAUAACCAUAAACUUAAACUACACAGCCAGAUGAGUAGAAAUCUGCAACUCCCAAGAAAAAUAUUAAUACUGAAGAAAAAUCAAAGAAAAACAUGAAGAGCCAAGAUAGAUCGACAACAAGCAACGCUCGAGGGAAGGAUAAUGCUCAAAAUACAAUCAUUAAUACAUUUAACUAAUCAAAUAUUCUUAGACAAGAACAUCCACCCUUAAUAUGUUCAAACACCAUAAUAAAUACUUGGAUUGAAUAAAAGAAUUCAAACAACAAUGAGUCUAAUCAAUUUCCUUUCAAUGUUAAUAUUUAAAAUUCGACAACAAACCAAUCAUUUUAGCCAAACAGCAAUUUCAAUUAAAUCAACAACCUUGACGCCUAGAAUAAGUCUUAGUAUCUUGGACAAAGUAUUUCCUAAAAUGGUACAGCUCGUGCAACUUAAGACUUUAUCCCGAAUAAAUCUGUCAAUUAGAAUGAUUCAGCCUUCCUAAAACUUAAUAAGAUGCAGAAUACUUUCAGCAACUAAACUCUAGAAUCUAUAGAUCAAGAUUUCAAGUUCGGUUAGAUAUAAAACCUACAAAAUCAGAGUAAGCAAAUCUCAGAGGAGCCUGGAAGCUCAAAUAAGAUCCAACAUCAUAGACUAGGGUCUCCUCAGAGUAAUGUGUCUAGAUUAGAUGUUUAAUCAACCAAUAAUACAGGUGAUUAUGUCUCUAGUUUAGCUCCUAGUUAGCAAGCUAUACUUGGCCUUUAAAAUCGAAGAUCAAUCAAUAUUCAAAGCUAGAUUAAGGAGGUAAACUAGAUGUAUCUAAAUAAGCUUAAAGAUAAAUACUAAAAAGUUAAUUUAAAUGAUGAAUCACUGACAGUAAGUGUUAAUAACCAUUAAGAUAAAAAUGAAAGAUCAAGCGAGUUUAUACUAAGCCCAAGAAUGACUUCAAGAAACUAAAUUGGACUGACUCAUAAUAAUUCAACUCCUAUUAAAGAUCUUAUCACGGAAUAGAAAAUUUAAACAUCAGUUUAGACAUCAUAAGCAGAUAGAGAAUCUAUUCUUCUAAUGACUAAAUAAAGUUCAGUUUUUAAAGAAAAAAGAUUAUCAAGCAUACAGCCCUCUGAGUUGACUAAACAUCAAUAUCCAUAGUAUUAUGAUACUAACUAAGAUACCUUGUAAAGUGAUGCUUUUCAAUAGAAUUUCUAAAUAGAACGACAUCGCAGUCCUUAGCCAAAGGAAUUUAAGAUGUUUUAGUAUGAAAAUCCUAAGCAAGAUGAUAUACAAUUAAAGCUUAGAGUAUUAAAUCAAAAAUUAUCUUAAUCUAGGCAGACAAGCAUUAGGAGUAAACCAAUAAAAGAAGCGGCUGUAGACCUUGAAUCAAACUAUGAUGAAAACUAUAGUCAUAUUGAGUAGAAGCUAUAGUAAUUAAAAGACAAAAAAUUUAGAAGGGAAGAUAACUAUGAGAGAUCUAUAGAUUCAAGACAUUCCCAAUCUCAAUCUAUCUAGGAUAGAAAAACAAUUGAUUAAAACAGAUAAAGCAGGUAACCUAAUCAAGCAUCUUAAAUCAAUCCAAUUAAGUAGUAAUCAAUUAAUUCUUCUAUUGUGUAAACGAAACAGAUAAAGAUAAAUGUUGAUCACCAUAAUAACAAGAUUGAGGAUCAAAUAUUCAAUUAUAAUGAUGAUUAGCUAAGUACUAAACCUGGAUUGAUAAUAAUAGAGACCUCUCCUUAGUCAAACAGAAGUUAAAAUAAGAUAUUCAAUAAAUUUUAAAAUCAAAUAAAGAGCCCCAGAAUAUUCAAAGAUCAGUAGUAAUUUAACAAUAUAAAAACUGAGGGAAAUGGUUCAGAAUCUAUGAGAUCAUCUAUGGUAACUAUGGAAAAUGAGAGAUAAUCAUAGCAUGCAUAUUAUGAGAAAAAUACAAAUAAAAAGAAGUAUCUAAAUAGCAGUGUGCAAUAGAAUAUGAGAAAAGGCACUAAUAAAAAUCCAACCUCAACUAACAAUAAUAAUCCCUAUAAUAACGCUAAUAAAAUCUUAGAUUUUAAUCAGAAAAAUAUGACUUUCUGCCAGGAAGAGAUAAAAAAUAGUAAUAUUAGUAGUACUAACAGUAAUUACAAAAAUAGGCAGAGCAUAUCUUCUAACGGUAAUAUUAAACUUCUUUAGAUGACUAAAUCAAUUGACAGAAGAGAUGAAAAAGAAGCAAUUAUUGAAAUUUUCGAUAAGCCUAAGCAUAAAAACCAAACAAUGUCAAUGUCAGUUGAUACUAGAGACAAAAAUAGAAAAUAAUCUAAUAGUGAAGCUCUAUCGCUUGCUGAAAUAUUUAAAUAGAAAAUGGGAAGUAAAGCUACUUAACUAAAUAAUGAAAGGAGGUUCAAUUAGAGUCAAUAAUAGAAUAUUCAAAUGCCUGUAAUUUAGGAGAAAGAAUCGAAGCAUGAAAAGGAAAAGGAGAGAAGCAAAUAAGAAAUAUUAGAGCUAAGGCGUAAAAUGAUGAAAUCAAACGUUAAGGAAAAGAAAGACAAUUUUAACCCUGACUAAUCAAAAGAUCCCUCACUGAAAAGUAAGGACAUGCCUUAUGAUUUGAUGCAAAGACUGUCUAAAGGUAUGAAAAUACAACUAGACUCUAAAGAAAUGGUUAAAUUAAGUCACAAAAACUAUGAUAACUUACCUGAGGUAAAGAGGAAGAAGGAAGAGGAAAGGAAAAAAGAAGAUUAUAAAUAAAGAUAGCAAAUUGUGAAAAAGUAUGCUGAGGAGUUGGAGAAAAAGCGUAAAUAAAUUCAUUUGAAGAAAUAGGCUAGUUCAAAUAGUGAUGCUUUUUGA